AUGCCCGCUCAGAAGGGACAAUUCGUUGAUGCGGUCAAACCGGCGCUCGGUAAGUCGUUAAUUACCGCCGUAGAGUAGGUUGUUGGAUUAGAGACCUAAUGUGACAUUAUAGUGGUUAAUGUGACAUGUUUUAAGCUUUAUUUUGUUAGUUAACGACUUUACUUUGGUGGAAAAGCAAAUGAAUUCAUCAGCUUUAAAUGCUUAAUGUAAAAUAAGUUUUGGUCAUAAAAUAAAGUUUUAAGUGAACAUUUGUGGUCUGAAUUGCAACAUAAAAGCAUCUCAAAAAAAGUCUUUUAAUAAACUUAAUUUUAAAAAUAUUUCAAAUCUGUCACCUUUGAAACUUUCAGAAGGCCUAUUGACAGAUCUCCAACGCACCACAGAAGUCCUCAGAAGACAUCAGCGUAAGAGUAAAGACUACGAUGACAAAUGGGAAUCGACGUCUUCCCAGUUCAGUUAUCGGCCGAAACGAAACUCAGGCUACGAUGACGGAGAUAUCGACCGGUCGUUGAGGUCGGCGUUGGACAGUCGAUACUCAUCUCACAACGAUGUCAGAGGCCAGUCGACCGGUAGAGACUCGACCAUCAGAGAUUCUCUGAGGGAUUCGACCAGAAUGGACUCUUCCAUCGACCAAGGCAUACCUGCUGAUUACCAAACCAUCCCUCGAGGUGGUUGUGGCCAAUGUGGUCAGACGAUCGUUGGCGAGGUUGGUUUCGGAAAUUUUGAAAAAACUAGCCAUUUUGUAUUUAUUUUAGCCGUUUUGUUUAUUAUUACUUUAAAAAGAAUUGUCAUUUAAAGCAAUCUUUGUCACUAUUUUCAUUUAUUUCUAGUCAAAAAGCAGAUAGAACAAAUAAAAACUCUAAGUUACUAUGCUACUUAAUUAUACAAAUUCUUCGACCAUUAUGUACUUUCAGUUAUAUCGUUGUUGUUUCAGGUGAUUAUUGCUCUCGGACAGAUGUGGCACCCCGAACAUUUCACAUGUUGUCAAUGUGGCGAUCAGAUCGGACAUAAAUUAUUCUUCGAAAAGGACGAGAAGGCCUACUGUGAAGAACAUUACCAUGAAAACUUUUCGCCACGAUGUGGCUACUGUCAGUUGCCAGUGAAAGAGGUAGGUCAGGCUGAUCGCUGUUUUUUGUAUUUUGCAUUUAAAAUUCAAAUAUUAGUAAAAAUGAACGUAGAAUGGUUUCGAUACGAAGCUCUUCAUGCUACUUGAUAUUCCUUAAUAAAAUAAUCUUAAACUUAAAAAAUUGUAGCGUGCCAUCAGUGCUCUCGGCAAAACCUUCCACCAGGACCAUUUCACGUGUGCUGAAUGUGGAAAACAGCUGGGAACGGAAGGAUACCACGAAAAAGAUGGCUACGCUUACUGUAAUGAAGAUUUCUACUAUACUUAUGCACCAAAAUGUAAAGGAUGCGACAAACCGAUUACUGCCAAGUUCAUUACAGCUCUGGACACUCAUUGGCACCCUGAAUGUUUUGUCUGUGAUGUAAGUUCAUAUUACAAGAGUACUGUAAUUUUACUGUAGUAUUAGUGUGGUUAAAUGGUAUUUUUGAGUGGUUUUAAUUUUUUUAUUUUAAUUUUGAAAUUACUGUAUUGUUGUUAAUUUUACAUACUGUAACACUUUGCAUUCCUCUUACUGUAGCUUUUGAUAUUUGGUUUGGUGUUGUUCAGGUGUGUCAUGACUCUCUAUUCGAAUCCACCUUCUACCAAGAUGGCUACAACGUCCUAUGCCAAACCCAUUACCUACUAAAAUAUGGAAAUGUUUGUUAUCAAUGUCGAGAGCCAAUAACAUCCAAAUGUGUCACUGCCUUGGGGCACAAGUACCAUUUGGAGCAUUUUUGUUGUUGUUACUGUAACAAGAUGUUGUGCUCGGGUACCUUUAAGCACAGCCAUGGUCGAUUGUUUUGUCCUCGUUGUUUCGACCGCAUCGCCAACUAAACCUUCUUAUAUCUUGUCAAACUAACAUGUUGCGACAAGAUUUGAACUAAUUUCUUAUUGUUAUAACCUCAGCCUAAAGUUAUAUAAUUCCAAUUUUAAGGCCGACGAUCAUUUUGCCAAACAAUGCCCUAUGGCCAUUACCUACUUCGAAGAAGAGCCAUACUUUUGA